AUGGUCGAGGUCUCCCUUACUGUAGGAAAACUUGAUGCCUCACUUGCAUUAUUGCUCACACAAGAUCAUCACCUGAUUGAAUUCCCUACGAUUCUUCUGCCAGAUGGAAUAUCAGCUGGUUCUAUCGUUAAAAUACAUUGCGAAAGAGAUCUCAAGCAGGAAGAAGCUGAGGAUGCGACGUUUGAUAGGCUGCAAGAAGAGAUCUUUAACACCUUUGGCAAAAAUGAGCCAAAAUCUCCUCAGCUCAAAAUUGUGAACGUUACCCAAACGUCCUGUGUUCUUGAAUGGGAACCAUUGGAGCUGGGUACAGCUGAGUUGAACUCUCUCACCUUGUACAAAAAUGGAACAAAGAUAGGGCAAAUAAGGAGCCCUUUGUCAAAAAAAAAUAUCAAGUUAAGUGGGCUGCCGGUGGACACUCAGUAUAGAUUUCAUUUGAAGCUCGAGACCAGUGCUGGCAGCUACCUCUCGAACAUUGUUGAAUUAAGAACUCACAAGAUGACAGAUUUGAGCGGUAUAACCGUUUGUAUUGGGGAGAUUGACUUUGAAGGUGAACCGUUUUCUCUUCAAGACAUAGAACAAUCACUCAACAAGAUUGGUGCAAGACCGAUGUCGAAGGAAGUGAAGAUUGAUACGACGCAAUUUAUAUGUACUCGCAAGACAGGUUCUCAGUACGAAAAAGCGAAAUCACUUAACAUUCCAAUCGUACGUCCUGAAUGGUUAAAGGCGUGUGAACUCGAGCGCCGAAUUGUUGGUGUCAGCAAGUUCUACCUAGACUCUGAAAAUCCAAUUUGGAGGGAAAAAGAAUAUUGGGGCUCACCUAGAUCUGAAAUAGAUCAAGGCCAAAACCGGCUGCAGACGGGUAGCACUGGUGAAGAUAAUGAGGACUCAAGAGAUAGCAAUACAUUCAACACAAUUGAUCCCAGAGAGAUGUUUGAAGAGCAGCCUACUGAAGAAACAAAGCCAAGCAUUUUAAAGGCCGACGUCGAGGGAACUUCUGUCGAACCCGAAACUCUUGCAGAGGAGAAGGAGAAAGUACACGCAUCAGAGCUUACAGAAUCAGGUUCUCCUACUGAUACUCAUCACGACUCAAAUCAUCAGGAAACUAAAGAAGUUCCGGAAAAUGAUAACACUCAUGACACCAAUGAAUCCUUUGAAGAGAAGACGAAGUGGCGCGAUCACUCGUCUCUGGAAAACGUACGGGGUGAAGACUCGAAUCAAGGCAUGAAAAAGAGCAAGAUAGAAGCAAACUCGAGAGAUAUGAGUCAGCCCUUAUUGAAUGCUGAAUCAAGUGUGCAAGAAACUGCCGUCUCUAACGAUCAGCAUGACGUUCCUGAUAACUUAGAGUUAGACAACAACGAAUCUGUUAAAUCUGCUGGCGAAAAGGGCGCCGUUGGAAAUUCGGAGGUACCCGUCGAUGCAGAGAUUAUCAACACAGAAGGUAAUGCUUCAGAAUCUUUGCGGAGAAAAUCUGAUCAGAAGCCUUCAAAAGCAGUUGGGCCGGAAGAGUCAUCCUGUUCUUCGUCAGAUAAGAAGAACAAAGGCGGAAAGAAGAAGAACAGAAAAAAGUGA